UGAGUGAGUCACUCUGAGCCGCUCGUGCAAUCUUCAUUCCGAGGCUUGCGAGCUGCUUGCAGAGUAUUUACCAAUUAGCCAAGAGCCCAAUUAAAAAACAAAGCCGAGUGUGUCAACCAAGAUUGCCAGCGCCAGUAAAUUGUUAUAAUGAACCCGGCUACGGCGACUAAAACUCUGACCGACAGUCCAUCCCACCCAAGAGAGCAGCUGAUCAAGGGACUGGCGCAGGUUGUGAUGGCUGCGAGAGUGGGUGGGGUGGACGGCGGGGCAAUUGCCACGUUAGCUUGUUUCCAACUGGAAGUCAUCCAGCAAGCGAAGAAGAGUGGGCAGAUCGAUUGGGCCGGUCUGGUCUUGCACUCGACUCUCCACUUCCAGAGAAUCAAGAUCGAAUUCCAAGCAAAAACACAUCAGUCUCCCUGAAGCCCCUCCUCCUCCUCAAUCCAUCCAUCUCCUUCCAAUCCCAAAGCUUGUAAUAUCAUCAUCAUCAUCAACUAUUAUCCUUAUUAUUAUCUUAUCCCGGCAGAUCCCUUCCUUAAUAUCGCCCUUCCCGAGCUCGUUGACUGUCCUGGGAGUCAAGAUGCCCUGCUUCUAAACUGCCGCCUGGCGCGGUCUCACUUCUUUUUAAUCGAUUUUUAGAACUGUAAACAUCUUGAUCUUCUUGCCUCUUUUGCAAUUUGGGUUAAAUAAGCAUAAUCCAACCAGAACAUCCUAUUACUUAUUAUUUAGCUUCACGACCCUGCUCCAGCAAUGCCAUCGAUGGAUCCUUCAAGACAGCGCCGUUCUAGGCUAUUACGAGCAGCUAGAGCCGUCCCUCAAACGAUCUCUCAGCUCACCGGCGGACUACCCUCAACCUCCUUCUUCACCUCCCCCACUAGGCCAUCAUCAUCCAACCCCGCCAAUCCACCUCCAACAAAUCCUCAAUCAGCUGACAAUGAUAACAGUCAGCCUCCACCACCAUCCGCCUCAAACCCUCGACCUCCCACUCCUGCAGCUACCCCUACUCCAACUCCACCACCACCACCAGCACCUUCCACACCCUCACCCACCUCGAAUCUACCAGCUACCCAUCCACCUUCCUCGACCCCAUCCAGCCUGUCACGCGUCAACGCUAGCACUGAUCCAAACCUGCAUUCACCCGCCGCCAACAAUAGCAUGGUCCUGGCUGGCAAAUCAUCUCAAAUCAACUCCUCUCAACAGUUAUCUGCAGCAACACCCGUUCCUACCACUAUCAAAUCAGGACCCAAUCUUUCUGCACCAUCGCUCAUACACAACACUUUACCACCCAACUUCAUCGAAGCCAUCGUCGUCGUCACAGUUGGGAUCGCACUCAUCUUGGGAGGCAUCUUCUUCUACUGUUUCAAGGUCAAGCGGAGAGAGAAGAGGCUCGAUCCAGCCAACGGUUCCUCGGCUUCAGCAUCCCACUCCCAAAAAGACCAUCCCACCAUGCUCCACCAAAGCUCGAUGAGUCGUUCGCCCUCGGUGGUCUCUCACAACAGAGGCUUGAAUUGGCCAAUCGACAAGAAAUCCAUCAAGGUCAAGAAGAAGACCGAGAGCAUCAUCAGCUUCGGGCCCGGCCCCGAACCCGACAUCCCCCGCUAUCCUAGCAGCGUCAUGACUCUCACCGACGAUCCCCGGAACCAUCUCCACGGUCCCCUGAUGAGCAAAGAGAACAGCGGCUUCUCGGACCAUUCUUUCCAUUCUACAAGCGACAUUCCUUACGGACAUCCCAAGAAGAUCACGGAGGAAUACAAUCCGGCCGAUGAGAUCUCGCACAUCCCGAUCAGCUACGAGGCCAAGCCGGCCCAAGGACGGAUGCCGGCCUCCCGGGGCGGCGGCGGCCCGAUGAGAGCCGCCCAUGAUGAUCGGCUGCAGGAGGAUCAUCCAGACCCACACCGGGCGGCCAAAAAAGCAAGCCCUGUUAAACGCUACAAUCGGAUCUCAAGGGCCGCCCGCAAACUCGUCCCCGCCCGCUUGAUCACCGGCGUCGGAAUCGAUCAAACCGGCUUAGGCGCUCACACAAAUAACCCUCUUCUUCCUCCACCCUCGCGCUCGAAAGUCAAUAAUCCCUCGGCUAAGAAUACCGCUCGUCUGCCUCGUAAUCAUGAUCAUUAUCCCACUAAUUAUAGCUACUAUCAAAGCUGAAAAAUCAUCAUAAUCAUCAUUCAAUUCUUGGAUUUCUGCCGUGCUCAUCAAAAUCAAACUAUUCCUCCUGUCGUCUCUUUUCUUUUUGCAGUUCUCUUCUAUGCGUUGUUUCUUCCUUUCCUUUGCGUUGUGUCUCUCUUUCUUUUUUCGUUUUCUUCCUCCCCCUCCCCUCCCCCGAUCCUGCUCACAUACAUCGACCCCUCCUUCUCUUCUUUUUCAUGUGCAAAAAUUACCCAAGAUUAUUUAUUUAUAUUUUUUUUUAUAUCAUC